AUGACUGUAGCUGACUCACCAAAGAAGAGAAAGAGGGCCCUCAGCCCGCAACCUACUAGGAAGAUACCACUACAUUCAGGAGAACCAAAGACCGUCGAGAUGUCUUCCCCAAACGCUGAGGACCUGACCGAGUUUCAGAAGAGGGCGGAGAUCCAGUUCAAAGCCGUUCUGGAAGGUAUUGAUCAAGUAGCCACUGCUCACGAGAAAAAGACACAGGAUCUCGUGAAAGCAGAGAACGAGAGUGCUUGGGAUCGACCAGUGAGACCCAAGGAUAAAUCCAGAUCCAAAGACGACAAGGUUGAGGAAAGGGCUGCUGCCAUCAUCCGAGCGAUUCGCGAGUAUGAGCGGGUUGUUACUUUCGGUAACCGACCGUCUGAAGCGCUGCCUUUAGAAAACGAUCGCGACAUGGGCGGGCAAUAUCUUACCAACAAGGACCGCAUAGACAACGAAAGCAAGCUAUACCAGAUCGCCAGGAUCGUUCCAAAGGGCGCUUUGUUACAUCUUCACUUCAAUGCCGAAUUGCAUCCUGAGAUACUUCUUGUCCGAGCGCGCAAGAUGAAGAACAUGUACAUUCGCAGCAUCAUACCAAUCACAAAGAAGGAGCAUCUUGGGGAGACUGAGAUGAUUUUCAAUGUCUGCGACCCAACAACCGUCGAUCCUGGCGUCAACAUCUUCUCGGACUCUUAUCCCAAACUAAUGGAUCAGGAAAACCCCAAGGCUGAGAGCUAUCUGAAGACUACCUGGAUGCCAUGGUCAGACUUCCAGGAGGAAUUUGAAAGACAGUUCCCAGGUGAAUACCAAGACGAAGAACCUGAGACUUUUCAAGCUGGACAGCCACAACACUGUGGACAGACAAAGCCUACCAAGCUUCGUCCCGCUGAGAAUUGGUUAAGAUCGAAGAUGGUUCUUAGCCUUGACGAAGCCUAUGGGCCUACACAGACUGUGAAUGGAGUAUGGGCUCGCUUCAACCAAGCUACCAGGGCUUUCAAAGGCUUACUAAACUAUGAGAGCGUCUACAAAGAAUACAUAGGCGAUGCUAUUGACCGUAUGAUCGAGGAGAACGUCAUGUACGCCGAACUACGACCAAUGCUUUUGGACAAGUUCAUUCCUGCCGACAGCGGCAUUCACGAGAAGCGCAUCAAGAACCACGAACAGAUGCGACUCAUUGUAGAUGGAAUGAAGGAAAAGAGGAAAAUGCUUACAGAGCAGCAUGGCAACGAUGACAAGUUCCCAUUUGGACUCAAGAUCAUAUAUUGCACACCACGGUCUAUUCCCAUACCGCUUAUGCAAAAGGAAAUGAGAGAUUGCAUAGCGCUCAAGAUGGAAUUCCCGGAUCUUAUUUGUGGUUUCGAUCUCGUGGGCGCGGAGGACCGGCCCAACCACAUUGGGUUUUAUAGGAAAGAGCUCGUUACAUUCCAGGAAACGUGUAAGAAACUGAAACUGGACAUACCUUUCAUGUUCCACGCCGGUGAGACACUGCUCGACACGGGCGGCUCCUCCGAUCCGGAGAACUCCAACCUCUACGACGCAGUGGCGCUGGAAUCGAAGCGCAUUGGCCACGGAUACGCGCUCAUGAAGCAUACCCAUCUCAUUGAGAAAUUCAAGAAGACGAAGACCAGCAAAGGUAUCUGCAUUGAGCUUUGUCCCAUCUCGAAUGAGCUUUUGCACCUUUGCAGAAACGUCAAAGAACACCCAUACCCAGAACUGCUGGCUGCGGGCAUACCUUGUACAGUCAACUCAGACAACCCAUCACUCUUCAGCAACUCAAUGUCACACGAGUUCUACCAGAUCAUGGUCGGCGACCCCACCAUGUCCCUUUGGAGCUGGAAGCAACUGGCAAAAUGGAGUAUUGAAUACAGCUGCCUCGACACCAAAGAACAGGAUCGGGGGCAACAAAUCUUGAGCAGAGGUUGGAAGGACUUUUGCCAGACCGUGGUUCGAGACUAUGGUCCUCUCAUGGAAGACGACGCUUCAGUCAACAUCAAUCCCUAUAGGGCAGAGGCAUCGUAUUCUGUGCGCGACGACAAGACUCAUCCCGUUAUCGAGAAGGCAAUGUCGGACAUGAAGAUGGCAGCGAAGAAGUCUCCAGGGCAAGAGCAUCCAGAUGUGGUCAAGAUAGAGAGGGAGAAAGCGAGGUUGUGGAUGGAGUCUUUGGCUAGCAGCAACGUCCUCAAGCGGAACCCUUGA